UGCCCAGAAAUAUCGAGCACCCCUAAGAAAGUUUUUCAUUAAAAAUAUAGGUUGGCAACGUGAAAUAGAUGCAUAUGGUUGGUGGAAUGUUAUCUCUCCAGUCCAACAACCAAUCAUGUACUAUCAUUAUUAUCAUUCAGUCAUUCACCGUGAACAACCAACUACCAAGUAUUUUAGUAGAAAACUUUCUCAGGGGUGCUCGAUAUUUCUGGGCACCCUGUAUGGUGAUUCAGUCCUUGACUUCGAUUCUGAAUUUCUGAAUUCUGAUUUUCAAUUUUCAUAUCUCAUUGGUUCGAAUUCCUUGUUUUUUCAUUUACAAAAAAACAACUAAAACAAGUACCGAACUUACCAAAGAUUUUUCAUUUUUCUUUCUCAUUGAUCUUUUUGAAAAGAAAGCAAUAAGGGAAAAAAUCACCAAAUGUUAUCAAAAUUGAGCAGAAAUUUGUUAAAACUUAAAAUUGCGUCAAGUUGAUAAAAUUUUAUUAAAGUACCUAACUAUGUAUGUAUUACUUUUAAAAUUCAACUAAGCAAAAAGCUGGUAAAAAACAUCGUCACAACUUGUUAAAAUUAAUUAUUAAAAUAGAAUUAUAAAACACUUCUCAAAAGUUCAAAACCUUGCAAAAAUCGUCUUAGUCGUCAAAAUGGUAACACUGACUCGAAAACCUCGUGUUCGACAUGUGUUUGACUGUUUGAAUGAUAAGACAUAAGAGUAAGAGUAUUGAUUAAAAAAAUAGAUUUUAAUUUAAACAACAAUGAAGUGAUCGAAAAUUUUUGAAUUAUUACGAUUAAAAAAAUACUUCAGUACCUUUUCAGUGAAAGUUACAUCAAUUUUUCAAAAUGCACAACAAACAUUGUCGUUUAUGUGGCAAUCAGAACAACGAAAUGUUUGAUGUUUUCAGCGAAACCGGUUCAAAUAAACAGCUCGAAUCGAAAAUUAAAGAAAUCGUUCGUUUGAAUAUUUUGCCGGAUGAUUCUUUACCGAAAACUGUGUGUGUUUCGUGCACUAACCAUUUAGAAAACGCUUCACAUUUUAUAGAUCAAUGUCACCAAACUCAAACUUAUCUAAGUCAAUUGUACGAAGAAAUCAUAUUGCCGACUUCAACCCAAAAUUCUUUUCGAGCGCCGAAUCAUGCGGAGAAAAUUAGGGUUGUAUUGAAUGAUCGAGCUGAUAUCGAGAUAAAUAUCACCAAAUUGAGAUCUAUCCUAAGUUGCAAAUUAGAACCUGAUCAAACUGAUUUAGAUAACGAUUCUAUUGAAAACAACUCAAGUCAGAUAAUUUCAGCGCAACCUUAUGAUAACGAUACUCACCAGAAUACUACCGAAGUACCGGAAAAUUCAAACGCUGUUAAAGACGAUACCAAUUCAAACCCAUCAACUUCAAACAGCGAACCUGUUGGCAAUACAUCGGAUAAAAAAAAUGCAAUCCCAGUUGAAAAAAUUAGCGAUGGAAAUUUGGAUCAUGUUCCAUCCAACGAUACGUGUUCUUCCACCAAUGAUUCUCAAGAGACUAUUCCUCUCGCAAACACACAAAAUACAACGAGUAAUCGUAGCAGGUUGAAAAGAAAAUGCACCAUGCGAACGACACCGAUUAAUGACCACCUUGAUUCUAGUGAUGAAGAAAACCGUGAACCGGACGCAAAUAGUGAUUAUGGCGAUGAUUUGAACGAUACUACUAAUGGAAAAAAACCCAAACUUCAAACUAAACUUCGUUCAUUUUUAUGCAAACUAUGCACAUCUUCGUUCAAAGAUAAAAAAAACCUCGAUGAGCAUUUGAAGACAGCUCAUGCACGUAAGACAUUCAAAUGUCCAAUUUGCAGUCACAUAGCUAAAAACCAAAAGGGAAUAACGCAACACAUAAAGAGAGCCCACAAUAAACCAUUUGCUUGUGCGAUAUGCGGCUACAGAAUUGGAGAAAAAAUACUAAUUCGGCAACACAUCGAGAGCCAGCAUACUCCAGCAUCAUGGACAUUGAAAAAAAAUGCCGAAGAAAACAAUAAUAAAGAUUUCUUUUGCGCUACUUGCAACAAAACAUUUUCCCAUGAGUUGACUUACCAGGAGCAUUUAAACAUUCAUUCUGGAAAACACCCAUUUUUAUGCAAACUGCGCACAGCUUCGUUCAGAGGUAGACUUGCACUCAAUCAGCAUUUACGAACAGUUCACUCCGAUGAGCAAUCCAAACGCCCAACUUGCGAUUAUGUAGCCAAACACAAAGGCAAACUAACUGAACACAUGAAGUGUGUCCACGAUAAACCAUUUACAUGUGCUAUAUGUGGCUACAAAUCCGUAGAAAAAUUACGCAUUCGACAACACAUUACGAAUCAACAUACUCCAGCGUCGUGGACAUUGAAAAAAAAUACCAAAAAAAACGAUAAACGUUUCUUUUGCGCAAUUUGCAAGGAAACAUUUUCCCAAGAGUUGAUUUAUCAAGAGCAUUUAAACGUUCAUUCUGGGAAACGCCCGUUUUCAUGCAAACUAUGCACGGCUUCAUUCAGAGAUAGACUUGCACUCAAUAAGCAUUUACGAACAAUUCACUCAGAUGAGCGAUUCAAAUGCCCAACUUGUGAUUAUGUUGCCAAAUACAAAGGAAAACUAACUGCCCACAUAAUGGCUGUCCACGAUAAACCAUUUACAUGUGACACAUGCGGCCACAGAACGGGCGAAAAGGAUAAACUUCAACAUCACAUUGCCAGUAAACAUUCUUCGACCAUGUCUUUUGUUUGUGAAGUCUGCGGUAAAGCGUUCGGAACCAACCGUUCUCUGAAAAUUCACAUGAGAAAUAUUCAUUUCCCGGAGCCGAGGGUUUGUCAAAUCUGUGGUACUGUUUGUCCUUCAUAUUCGAAAUACAACACGCAUAUAUUCAAAUGUGGCAAAGAGAAACAAAAAUACGAAUGUGAGAAGUGUGGACAAAAGUAUGCAAAGAAGUGUUCCCUCCAAGAUCACAUGAAUAAGCAUUUGAAUCGGAAGCCUUACAAAUGUAAAGUUUGUGGUAAGGCAUUCUACAUGAAAAUUCGAUUGAACACUCACGAAUAUGUUCAUCGUGGAGCAAAUUUCCAAUGUGAAAUUUGUGAUCGGUCUUUUAAGAGAAAAGAUAAUAUGAAAAGUCAUAUGAAGAGACAGCAUUCGACGAAAUAAAACUAUGAGGUGUGAUGAUACGAUCGUGACUGAAGUUUAAAUUUUUUUUAGUGAUAGAUAUUUUCGUGUGUGAAUUUCUGUGGGUAUGUUUAUUUUCUAUAUAUUCGUUUACUUAAAAAAUAUAAUAAUUAAUAAUUUU